ACCAGUUCGUACCCAAAAGAUUGGUUGCAGAUGCACGAGUUGAGAGCAUGGUCUAUGACGUCGUGCACCCGUAACCCCAGAUCUCCACACUCCACAAUCUCACUCGCAUCACACCUCGCACUAUCCAAUAAUCAUCGAUAUUCCUUUCUUCAAAGGGCGCCAUCUCGACUAAGUCAUCCACGACUCUAUUCACCCAUCACAAACCCGUCAUUCCAACAACUACACUCACCAGCCAAAAGGUGGCCACACUCAGUCCAAAAACACAAAACUGCCCCAUCUUUCCAACAUCAACAAUCCUCACCCUUCACCAAAAUGUCGUGGAUGGACUCCUGGUCUCGCCCGAACAAGCACGCCACCACCCCACCCCCACUCUACCUCACAGUCGGCGACACAGUCCCCUACUGCCACAGCUGCGGCCGCGUAAUCGGCCAGCGCCGCACCAACGCCGCGACAGAAGUAAAGUACUGUUCAGCACGCUGCCGAAACAGCAAGCCAGGGCCCAUAGACCGGAAGAUCGAAGCCGCCUUCGCCGCCCUGCUAAACGGAGCCACGCCCGAAUCCCUCAAAGACGGAGCCAUCCCAGAAGUACAGGCGAAACCCCAGGAGCCGGAAAAACACGAACCCGAUUUCGGAAAGGGGGAGAAGAAACACAAGAAGAAAACUUCAAAGUCCAAGGUCGUGAAGGGUGAUCAUAGGAUUAUCAUGGAGUGCAGUACCGUCGAGGACGUCGUUUUCCAGCGCUCAAAGGAUCCUGAGAAAGUCUAUGGGCGCCGCAAGAAUCGCAAGGCGCGUUUUGUUGUGGAGAAACCAGAGGACUGGCGCAGCGUCGAUAUGAUCGAUAAUCCAACCUCAUCGACAGCAACAACUCAGCAGCAGCAGCAGCAGCAGCAGCAGCAGCAAGAUCCCACCAGCGACGAAGAUGAAGAAGACUCCGUGUCCGACUCCGACCCCGAGGACGCUGGCGGCAUCGUCUUGGAAGACGCCGCAGAACACUCUCAGGAUCGUUCUGCAGACGCUGAUUCCAUCGAGUACGGCUAUGGCGGCGGGAAAAUCCGUCCCCCGCAGUCGCAGAAUGACGUGAAUGGCAGUGUGGGCGGCGAAAAGGGCUGGGCCGAGCGGAUCCACGAAACGGAUGAGAUGAAGCUCAAGCGACGCGAGGGGCAGAGGAGGGCUGAUGAGCGGGAGAUGGUACGCAAGGCAGCGCGGAGGGGGUGUGCGUUUGGGUUUACCGUCGAGGGGGAGACGGAGAAGAGGAAGUGUGAGGCUGUGAUGAAGGGCGUGGUUGUUGAGAGUAGUUUUGCCAAGGGCGAGUGGGGUGUGAGGUGGCGGGAGAGGGAAUAAGUAAGUAGUUUUGUAUAUAGAUGAUUGAGUAGAUGAAUAUGGAGAAGGG